AUGGGGAAGAAACCCUUGCUAACACCAUUCACCGCUGAAGUUAGCGCUGGUCCCGUCUCGAUGCCAACCGCUAGCUCCGCUUUAAGCGCAGCCGGUCGCUCAACUGGACGAAAUGUGGAUGCAACGAAAACAAGUACCAAGAAGAUUGAAGGAAGCGCUGGGUAUCGCAAAACUAUUCAAAUUCAUAUUUCACUGAAUUGGUGGGUGAAAAUCCCUUCGACCACUAGAUGUGCUAAUAACGCGUAUCAAUCCGCUUGGGAUUCGCCAUGCGUUUGA